AUGGUUCUGCUCUUAUGGACACAAUCAAAAGAUGGCAUUGUGGCCCUUGCUGACGGGAGAAUGGACUCACCAGGUCAUUCUGCAACCAUGCAAGCAGCCGAGACCAGUUCAUGGACAUUUGGCGAGAUCGUGCUGAACCGCAGAUGGCUGAAGGAUGUGGAGAAGUUCCUCACAUUUCGGACCACCUCACAGCUGGAAUCAUUCCAAAACCAUAUUCUGAUAAUCUCCAGCCGCUGGAAUCGAGACUGA